CUUAUAAAGUAUACCAAAUGUAUUAGCUUUCGAACUGUAUGACAUUAUUUUUUGUGGAAUGUUUGACGUUAGAUUUAACAUGUUAGGUUUAUGAGCCUCGUCUUGAUGUAUCGAUUUAUAUCGCAGUCAUACUUGUCGGUAUUUGUAUAAACCUUUUAUUCUAUUUCGUUUUGGAUUUUGAUGAAAAUGGCAAUGAAUAUUGCCAAUUCUGCGUAUAUGGAUAAUGAAUGCGCUAUUUGUAACGAGACAUUUAAAAAUCCUAAACUCUUAUCGUGUAAUCAUACAUAUUGUGAGCUUUGUAUAAAUACUUGGAUUUCUAAAUCAAAAAAGAAUUCUGGUAUAGAAUGUCCAUUAUGUCGACAAGUUACACCGCCCCCGAAACCUGGUGUAGGCGCAGCAUUUUGGGCAGCUAUGUUACCGGACUUUACAGCUGGAAAAGAUAUUGAUGUUCUGUGUAAACCUUGUGAGGCAAUACAAGAGCGAAAUGCGGCGAAAUUUUAUUGCCUGGAAUGCAAGGAAUACGUGUGUGAUUUCUGCCGUGUGUCUCAUACAAAAUUUAAAGUACUCAAAUCUCACAGGACGGUUGAACUUGACAUUAAUGACGAGAAUAGUAUUCAGUCUUUGAAAGAGUACAGUAAGCUUCUUAUGUGUGACUUACAUCCUGUGAAAGAGAUUGAAUUCUUCUGUGAAGACGACGAUGCUUUAUUUUGUUCAACCUGUGCAUUCCUUCAUCAUAGAUCAUGUUACAGUGUUAAGGAAAUAAAGGCCGAUUAUGCGGAAAUCAAGACCGUAAAACCACUUUCGGCUAUUUCUAAAAACCUUGAAGCAAUUAGAAAAAAGGUAGAAGAGGUUUCUACAUUUCAUAAUAAAAACAAUGAGUUACUUGUAAAGAACGAACGUGAAAUAAUUGCAAAAUUAAAAGCAUCGGAACAAAAUAUUCUAAGUAGCUUCAAACGUUUUCACGGCGAGGUCAUAACCCAAAUGAAUAUAAAGAAUAGGCCUUACAAGAUGACCAAUGAUGAAAAAAUAAAGACCUGCGAUGAAAUUAUUGAGGAUCUUAAAAGGGCUGAAAACACAGCAAAAGAUACAAUGGGCGUGGCUUCAGGUAGCGCAGAAUACGUCAUCAUGUCAAGAAGGCUUGAAAAAAGGUACGAUGAAAUAAAAAAUCAAAUAGAGACAGAAGAGCUCAGUACAAAUACGUCCAACAAGUACAUUUUCGAAUUCAACGAAGACUUUUUCAGAUCGCUCAAACAGAUAGAGACAUAUGGGUGCUACCGAGAAACAAAAUGUCCCCGUUUAAUCAUUGAAUUCUCAACAACGAAAAACAAAUCGAAAUUUCUUCCAGCCAAAGCGAUGAAAAUGAGCUCAAAAUUAGCAAGACAAAAAAACUACUUUCCGUCUGCUUGUUACAUGUUUGAUGAUAAAGAAGAAAGGGUGGUUUUAGCAGACCAAAAUAAAAAGCGUCUGGUUAUUAUGUCAGGAACUGAAAACGAAGAUACUUUCAAACUAAGCUUCACCCCAUACGCUAUCUUGAUAACUAAAAAGAGCCUGUAUGUUUCUUUUCCAUAUGAAAAGAAAGUAAGAAAAUAUGACAUAAAACGUUCUUUCGAGCAAAUUGGUGAAAUUCGAACUAAGCAUAAGUGUUAUGCUAUUGAUUUCCUGUUGAAAACAAGCGAAAGCAAGAUUGUUGUAUCCUUAUAUGACGAAGAAACCUGGAGUCUGGCUAUAUACAGAGUAGAUGGUUCCACUGAAGCUAGUUGCGUUACAGGAGACGCUUCUCAGAACCCUUUCACGUCACUUUGGUAUUUCAAAAUCAUUGAAGGCUGUGUGUAUUGGUCAUGUCAAGAGGAACACUCUGUUAAAGCUUUGAAUCUUGAAUCUUUAGAUGUCUUAUUUGAAUACAGAAACGGAGAGCUCAAACUUCCAGGCGGUAUUUGUAUUGACUCUGAAGAAAACAUUUACAUUUGUGGAAUGGCGUCCACAAAUAUCCACGUCCUUUCAAAAGAAGGAAAGCUUAUUAGAAUUGUUAAGCUGGAUGAAGAUUUUGUGCCAAUAUUUAUUGCAUUCAGUGACAACGGUUCGGAUUUGGUGAUUCUUGGCAAUGCAAACAGUCCGGGGCCAUUCUUCUACCAGUUGAAAUAAAUAGUCACUCCUGUGGCCAAUGAUGAGAAGCUACUACUAAACUGCUAAGCUGCAAAAAUAUUUGUUGUUCUGAAAGAACUUGAGUAAAAGUUGCGAAGUGGAAACAUUUUGUUGAAGAAUGAUCCUGACUUGAUAUGACGUUAACCAAGUGGCAAUUCCUUUCACCAACAUUAACUAACAAAUAAACAAGCGGAUUGUAAUUUAAUGUUGUUGAAAUGAGUUUUUUUUAUAGAUUCCAAACACUUUUCAUUAUACAUUAUGAAUCUAUUACCAAUAUGUACAUUUUAUAACAAGCUUUCGGUAAAUUCUAACAUGCUUUACACUAUUCCAUCGAGCAAAUGGGAAAAUUAGAUGCCUUAUUACACGAUUUAUACUAAUACUAAAUGGAUAUCAGGAAACGUUUUGAAUAUUGGUAUAAGUCGAACACGAUUUACAUUAUUCUGUCGUACCAUUAUGCUAUAACGGGUUCCCCAAAUUAUUAUAUAAUUACACUUUGUAUUUUUAUUGCAAUAUUGAAUAGUAGUGGGUAUGGAAACGUAAAUCCGAGUAGCUUAGUGGUAAGGGGGUUCAGAUUAUAAAGUAGAGUUCAUAUUAAGAAAAUGUUUUGUUUUUAUUUCGAGUUCAAAUCUGCAAUUGUGCAAUAUUUAUUUUUAUGUCUGCAUAGUUUUUACUUUCAGAUAACAUUUUCAUAUUCUCUUUUUUAAACCUUUGAUUAUUUAAUAUUUUGUACAAUUUAAAGUUAAACUUAUAACGGUUUAGCAAAAUUAAAUGCAUUUGACUUUAACAGUCAUUGCAUUGAACAGAUUGAAAAGUAUUGCCAAUUUAAUUCUAUUUAAAACUCUGAAUUCAAUUUGCUACAUUUUUGUAACAAUAUCGGCUCAUUUGUAAAUUUAUAUAUCUGAAUGUCUUGCAUUCCUCAUUUAUAACUCUUAUCACUUAUCCUCCAAUUUAACCUGUUAAAAGCGAGUGUGUGUAAAACCAAAUGUUCUUAAAUAAUAUUGUGUGAAAUUAAUUCACGGGGAACUUAAAUCCAGUUCGUUGAAAAAUAUCUAAAAACACAAAAUAUAAGAAAAGCAAAAAUGCCUUUUCAAAGAAUCGAACCAGGGUCUCUGCACUGACGAAGUCAACACUAAACCACUACGCUAUUACCCUAAACGGAUAAAGAAUGAGUAAUUGCUUAGGUAGAUAAAGAUUUAGGCGAUAAAUACAUCCAGUAUCUUUUUGUAUAAGAAUUAUUGACAACCCUAUUUGUCAAUUUUUAUGAAAGGAAUAGCGAAC